AUGGUUGAGAUCACUGGCAAGAAGGUCGGAGCCACUGGCUUUGGCUUGAUGGGCAUGACAUGGCGUCAAAACCCUCAGCCGUUCGACGAGUCUUUCAAGGCCAUGAAGGCCGCCCUGGAGGGCGGCUCCAACUUCUGGAACGGCGGCGAGUUUUACGGCACGCCCGAGCUCAACUCCCUCCAUUUGCUGAGGGACUACUUCACCAAAUAUCCCGAAGACGCCGACAAGGUUGUCAUCUCCAUCAAGGGUGGCGCAAAGCCCGGUCAAUUGGUGCCCGAUGGCAGCCGCGAGAAUGUCCAGAGGAGCAUCAACGAGUGCCUGCGUCUGCUCGACGGCAAGAAGUUUCUGGACACGUUUGAAUGCGCCCGGGUGGACCCCAACGUCCCCGUCGAGGACACCAUUUCGUACAUCGCCGAGUUCGUCAAGGCGGGCAAGCUUGGAGGCAUUUCUCUUUCCGAAGUCAGCGCGCAAACCAUCAGACGCGCUGCCAAGGUCCAUCCCAUUGCCUUUGUCGAAGUCGAGUUCUCCAUGUACUGCACCGACAUUCUGCAAAACGACAUUGCCAAGGCCUGCGGCGAAUUGAACAUUCCCAUCGUCGCCUACUCGCCGCUUGGCCGCGGAUUCUUGACGGGCCAAAUCCGCAGCGUCGAAGACAUCCCCGAGGGCGACUUCCGCCGCAUUGCGCCGCGCUUCCAGCCCGACGUUUUCGACGAGAACAUCAAGCUUGCAGACGAAGUCGACAAGAUUGCCAAGAAGAAGGGUGCAACCCUCGGUCAGGUUGGUCUAGCUUGGGUCAGGCAACACAGCAACAAGAAUGGUUUCCCAGUCGUGAUUCCCAUCCCCGGUGCUACUACCGAUGCUCGCGUCAAAGAGAACCUCCAGGAUGUCACCCUGUCUGAUCAGGACAUGGCUGAGAUUGAGACGAUUUUGCAGCGGAUAGAGGUCAAGGGUGCCAGGUAUCCUGCUGCUGCCCAGGCGCACAUGAACGGUUAG